GUUUUGUUUUCCCGUAAAUUUCUUUCUCAUUUUCGGUAUCUUCUUGAACCUGCUCGUUUCACUGACUGUUCAUUUUCAAAGGGUUUCUUUCAGUGCUUGUAUCGCUAAAGGUCGAAACAAUGGCUUUCUUAGGUAAAUUUGGGAGUAUACUUAGGCAGACCACAAGUAUGCAGGUCAAUUCUCUGCUUUCUGCAUCGAGGCCGGGACUCUUUCAAGUGUUUAGAAGCAUGUCAACAUCACCAAGCUCGAAACUUUUUGUUGGAGGUAUUUCUUACCAAACUGAUGAUCAAAGUCUGAGAGAAGCCUUUAGCAAAUAUGGUGAAGUUAUUGACGCAAAAAUAAUUGUGGAUCGAGAAACCGGCAGGUCGAAAGGAUUCGGCUUUGUCUCCUACACUUGUACUGAGGAUGCCUCCAGUGCAAUAAAGGCCUUGGAUGGACGGGAACUCCAUGGCCGUCAAGUAAGAGUAAACUAUGCAGCUGAAAGAUCUCCUCGCAACUUUGUAGGUGGAGGUUUCAAUAGCAGUUAUGGUGGCGGUGGAUAUGGCGGUAGUGGUGGCUAUGGAGAUGAUAGUGGGGGCUAUGCCAGAAACAAUGAUUUCUCUUCUGGAAGUUAUGGAGGUAAUGUUGGAUAUGGUAACACUGGUGGGGGUGAUAGUGGCUAUGGGGGACAAGGAAGUUAUGGCGGUGGUAACAACUAUGGAAGCAAUUCUGAUCAAUCUGGUCCAAACAGGUAUGAUGGUGGGAAUCUCAAUGCUGUCGCCGGUGACAGUUUUCCCACCAGUGGUUCAACCGAGUUCGGUGGCGGUAAUGUUGGAUAUGGUAACACUGGUGGAGGUGGUAGUGGUUAUGAAGGCCUAGGAAGUUAUGGUGGUGGUAACAGGUAUGACACUGAUGGUAGCUACGGAAGCAGUUCUGAACAAUCUGGUCCAAACAAGUACGAUGGUGGUAAUCUCAAUGCCGUCUCUGGCAACAUAGAUGGUGAUGGUUUCGCCACCAGCGGCUCAGCCAGAUUCGGAGGUAAACAAAUGGGAUUUGGUGGUGGUAAUGUUGGAUAUGGUAACACUGGUGGUGGUGGAAGUGGCUAUGGAGUCCAAGGAAGUUAUGGUGGUGGUAACAAUUAUGGCACUGGUGGUAGCUACCGAAGCAAUUCUGAUCAAUCUGUUCAAAACAAGUACAAUGCUGGGAAUUUCAAUGCCGCUGCUAGUGGCAUCGGCGGUGAUAGUUUUUCCACCGUGGUUCAGCCGGAUUCGGUGGCGGUAAAGAUAUCGGGUUCAAAGUAGAAACAGGAGGAGAUUAUGUGGGGAAUGAUGCACGGACUGAGAACACAAGAGAUGAAGAAGAGUAUGAAACUGUCGAAUUUGCCAAAAGGGCAUGAAAUAAAAGUCUGAACUUUGAGAUCAACCUUUGUUCUUUAAUGGUGGAUUUGUUGUCAUAUUAUUGUUCUGUUGUCUGAACAAAUUUUGUUUUCCAUUUUAUAUGUUGAUUUUGUCCUC